ACCUGACAGGGAAGGGACCAAUGGCCCGUAUAGUCAGAAGCUCACAGCCAGUCACAUUGCAGAGCCUGCUCCAAAAAAAUGUGGGAGAGCGUGUUUUCGGUCCCUGGCAUCUCCAAACCUUUCUUUUGGCUGGUCCCUCUUUUCCCUGUUACUUGCAGGACAGUUUGCUGCAGUACCUUCUGCCAUGGAGGCACCAAAACCAAAAAAACCAGCUGCAGCCGAGUCUGUUCCGACUCAUAGCAGCCCUAUAGGACAGAGUAGAACUGCCCCAUAGAGUUUCCGAGGAGCACCUGGUGGAUUUGAACUGCUGACCUUUUGGUUAGCAGCCAUAGCACUUGACCCCUACACCACCAGGGUUUCCUGUGGAGACACCAGAGGGCGCAAUUCCCUCAAGUAACCUCUAAUCAUCUCUUGCCCUUUGACUUCUUUUUCCUAGGCUCAGCUGCCCCAAGCCACAGGGGAGACCUUUUCCAUGUGUAUCCCACCCCCCAAUGUCACUGGCUCUCUGCACAUUGGCCACGCACUCACGGUAGCCAUACAGGAUGCCCUGGCACCGGAUGCGUGGGGAUCAGGUGCUCUGGGUCCCUGGUUCGGAUCAUGCAGGAAUAGCUACACAAGCUGUGGUGGAGAAACAGCUAUGGAAGGAACAGGGCCUGAGGAGGCAUGAGCUGAGCCGGGAAGCCUUCCUGAGGGAGGUGUGGAAGUGGAAGGAGGAGAAAGGUGGGGAGAUCUGUGAGCAGCUCCGCGUGCUGGGGGCCUCCUUGGACUGGGAUCGAGAGUGCUUCACCAUGGACGCUGGCUCCUCAGUGGCUGUGACUGAAGCUUUUGUGCGACUCUACAAGGCGGGGCUGUUGUACCGGAACCGGCAGCUUGUCAACUGGUCAUGUGCUUUACGAUCAGCCAUCUCGGAUAUUGAGGUGGAGAGCCGGGCCCUGCCGGGCCACACACAGCUUCAACUGCCUGGCUGCCCUGUCCCGGUUUCUUUCGGCCUCCUUGUUUUCAUUGCUUUUCCUGUGGAUGGAGAGCCUGAUGCUGAGGUCGUGGUAGGAACCACAAGGCCAGAGACGUUGCCUGGAGAUGUGGCUGUGGCCAUCCACCCUGAUGACUCCCGAUACACACAUCUACAUGGGCGGCAACUUCGUCACCCCUUGACUGGGCACCUUCUCCCUCUCAUCACAGACUCUGCUGUCCAGCCACACGUGGGCACAGGGGCAGUGAAGGUGACUCCGGCCCAUAGCCCUGCUGAUGCUGAGAUGGGAGCCCGGCAUGGCUUGAGCCCCCAGAGUGUCAUUGCGGAGGAUGGGACCAUGACCUUGCUCUGCGGGGACUGGCUGCAGGGUCUUCACCGGUUUGUGGCCCGGGAGAAAAUUAUGUGUGUGCUGAGGGAGCGGGGGCUGUUCCGGGGCCUUCAAAGCCACCCCAUGGUGCUGCGCAUCUGCAGCCGAUCCGGGGAUGUGGUAGAAUGCCUGCUGAAGAGCCAGUGGUUUGUCCGCUGCCGGGAAAUGGGGGACCAGGCCGCCAAGGCUGUGGAGUCCGGGGCCCUGGGACUCCAUCCACCCUACCACCAGAAGAACUGGCAGCACUGGUUUUCCCACAUUGGGGACUGGUGUAUCUCCCGGCAGCUGUGGUGGGGCCAUCAGAUCCCAGCCUACCUGGUGGUAGAGGAGCAGACAGAGAACGUUGGGGAAGACUGUUGGGUAGUCGGGAGGUCAGAGGCUGAGGCCAGACAGGCAGCUGCAGAACUGACAGGGAGGCCAGGGGAAGAGCUAACCCUGGAGAGGGACCCUGACGUCCUGGACACAUGGUUCUCUUCAGCUCUUUUCCCCUUUUCUGCUCUGGGCUGGCCGCAAGAGACUCCUGACCUCGCUCGUUUCUACCCCCUGUCACUUUUGGAGACGGGCAGUGACCUCCUGCUGUUCUGGGUGGGCCGCAUGGUCAUGUUGGGGACCCAGCUGACAGGGCAGCUCCCCUUCAGCAAGGUGCUUCUUCACUCCAUGGUUCGGGAUCGACAGGGCCGGAAGAUGAGCAAGUCCCUGGGGAAUGUCCUGGACCCACGGGACAUCAUCAGUGGGGCGGAGCUGCAGGUGCUGCAGGAGAAGCUGAAGGAUGGGAACCUGGACCCUGCAGAGCUGGCGAUCGCAGCUGCAGCACAGAGAAAGGACUUCCCUCACGGGAUCCCCGAGUGUGGGACAGACGCCUUGAGAUUUACACUGUGCUCCCAUGGAGCCCUGGGGGGUGACCUGAACCUGUCUGUCACUGAGGUCCUGAGCUCCCGACAUUUUUGCAACAAGAUCUGGAAUGCCUUGCGCUUUAUCCUCAAUGUCCUGGGGGAGAAAUUCACACCCCAGCCUGCAGAGGAGCUCUCUCCCUCAUCCCCUGUGGAUGCCUGGAUCCUGAGCCGCCUCGCCCUCACCGCCCGGGAGUGUGAGCGGGGCUUCCGCACCUGCGAGCUCUCGCUUGUCACCCACACGCUGCAUCACUUCUGGCUCCACAACCUAUGUGACACCUACCUGGAGGCAGUGAAGCCAGUGGUGGCACGUUCCCCCUGCCCCUCGGGGCCACCUCAGAUCCUGUUCUCCUGUGCUGACGUUGGCCUCCGCCUCCUUGCCCCGCUGAUGCCCUUCCUGGCCGAGGAGCUCUGGCAGCGGCUGCCCACCAGGCCGGGCUGCGCCUCCGCUCCCAGCAUCUGUGUUGCCCCUUACCCCAGUGCCUGCAGCUUGGAACACUGGCACCAGCCUGAGCUAGAGCGGUGCUUCUCCCGGGUCCAGGAGGCUGCGCAGGCGCUUCGGGCUCUCCGAGCCACAUACCAGCUUACCAAGGCCCGGCCCCGAGUGCUGCUGCAGAGCUCGGAGCAGAGCAAGCAGGGCCUCUUUGAGGCCUUCCUGGAGCCCCUGGGCACCCUGGGCCACUGUGGGGCCGUGGGCCUCCUACCCCCAGGCAUGGCAGCUCCCUCCGGCUGGGCCCAGGCUCCACUCAGUGAUGGCAUUCAGAUUUUCAUGGAGCUGCAGGGAUUGGUGGACCCCCAGACCCAUCUACCACUGCUGGCAGCCCGAAGACACAAGUUGCAGAAGCAGCUUGAGAACCUCCUAACUCGGACCCCAUCCCAGGGGGAGGCAGAGACGCAGAGGCAGCAAAGGCUUUCUUCCCUCCAAGUGGAGUUGUCGAAACUAGACAAGGCAGCCUCUCACCUGCAGCAGCUGAUGGAGGAGUCUCAGCUCCGGGAGUGCUGAGCUGUAGCUCUCACUGUCCCUGUCAGUGUUCUCCCUCCCAGACCUGCCUCUGGGAACAGAUUUGUCAGCUGUGGAGGGCUGGGACCUUAGAGACUGCUUGGCUCUCCUUCACGUUGUGAACAAGGAAACAGGCUGGCUUUGUUGGUGACUGUGUGCGCCCUGGAGAGGCUCACGUGCCUGCCUAGCCCCUUGAUGUGCAGCAUGAAGUUUAGGAAUGAGGAGAUCCAGAUAAACUUUAAAAUCCAAAACACGCCUGCUUGUGUUCCUUUGUCCUCUUCCCCUAGUGAUGAUAUUUUUACUUCAUUUGUUCUCUGAGAGCUUUGUUGAGGAAAAGAGGGGAAUGCCUCCUAGCUUCAGGCUCUGGGGUUGCUAUGGGAGUGUCGGUGCUGGGAUAUGCCUGCCUCUCUGGAGGAAAGGGGAGCUUCCUAGUAAUAGGGUGGGGCAGGGACACAGUGAUCCCAGUUCUGCCUGCUUCUUGGACUUAGCCACAAUGCACUGACUUCUAAUAGGCCCUUCCUCUUUCAAUUCAUGCCAAAUGGAAGCUUCCUUGCUUCUUGGCCCUAAUCUCCAGGGGUGCUGAGAGGAGCAGGGACUUCCCUUGGGCCUGGGGGUCUGCAGGGUGUGCUAGGGUUGAGUGCCCCCCCCAACCUUCUGUGUACCUGAGACCAAGUGCCAGAGACACACUGCCCGAACCCAGACUGAGUUACGCACUCAGAUAUACAGACACCCACCUUACCCUCCCCAGACACUCUGUCUCAUCUCAGUGGAAUUCAGAGACCUGACCUUUUCACUCCCAAGUCACAUUUUGUCCAGCAGCUCUGAGCAGCUACUGGUUAUGGAGGCCUAUCAUGGGCUGGGUCCUCCGUGUGGUGUCAGGUGUACAGUACCAUUUAAUCCUUCCAAGAACCUGAUGGGUGCGUGUUAGCUGUUUUGGAGAUGCAGUGUAUUCAGAAAAUGAGAGUCGUUCGUCCAGGGUUUCAGCUGGGAUUCAACCCAACAAAUUAGGUGCAAGCUCUUCCUGGCUGCUAUAACAAACCUAGUGUAAGAAUGGCUUAGAUAAGAUGGACUUUUCUCUUGAUGGGUGUAAGCAGUGCAGGGCUCCACAAUAAUGGGGCACACCCCUUUUAAUCUUAUUUUUCUGCCAUUCCGAUAAACUUCCCUACUCUGGAUCCAAGACCUGCUCCAGCUCCUGCUGUCAUGUCCACACUCACACCUAGAUGGAAGAAGGAGAGAAUGGUGUGUGAAGUUUCCCUUUUCUUCCUCUCAAUUUGAUGAAUAUUUUUUGAGCACCUAUGUGCUGGACCCUGUUCUGGACACUUGGAUUCAUCAGAGAAUGAAAUAAAGAUUUCUCCCCUUGUACUUUCGUUCAUAGCAGGGAGGGUCAGAAAUAAACAACAUACAUAAAUAAUAUGUUUGAAGGUCAUAAGUGCUUUGCGGGAGGAGGAAAGAGUAAGGUAAGGAGAAUCUGCAGUGUGUGUUGGGGCACAGGUAAUAGUAUUAAGCAGGUGGUCAUGGUAGAACUCAUUGUAGAGGUGAAAUUUAAGCAAAGACUUGCAGGAGGUGCAGAAAUUACCCAAGUGGAUAUCUGGGAGAAGAGUGUUCCAGGGAGAGGGAAGAGCUAGAGCAAGAUUAAAGAGGGUGCAUUCUGGAAUAUUAAAAGAGUUGCAAGGAGACCAGUAUGGUGGGCAGAGAGUGAAGAGAAUAGUGGGAGGUGAAGUCGUGGAGGUUAGAGGGCAGGGUGGCGGGCGGAGAAGGUUCAAGGCGGACGAUCUAGGGCUGUGCUGUCCAAACUGGUAGCCACUUGGCUAUCUAAUUAAAUAAAAUUACAAGUUCAGUUCCUUACAUUGGCCACAUUUCAAGUGGCUUGUGGCUACCAUUUUGGUUAGUGCAGGUUAUAAAACAUGUCUAUCGUCAUAGACAAUUCUUUAGGCAAGCUCUGGUCUAGGACGUUGUAGGUCAUUGUAAGGAUUAUUGUUUUUUCUCUCGGAAAUGGAAGCUCCUUUGCUUUCAAUGGAUUGCCAAGAAGUUGGACACUUCUUUCUACUUGUCUCUCAUUGGGCAGGACCUAAUCACAUGGGUAUAGCUACAAGAGAAGCUAGGAAAUAAUAGACUUCAGUUGGGUAGCCAUAUGUUCAGCUAAAAUUUACGACUAUCCAAAAGGAGAAGAAUGGCUAUUAGGGGUAUAACUAGCUGUCUCUGCCACCCUCGAGUCUGGUGAACCCCAAAACAUUCUUUUCACUGGACUGCCCUGCCCUGCCCUGCCUUGAGCCUUGGAAGGGUUAGCUGUCUGCUCCUCCAGCCUCUUGGGGAUUCAGACAUCCAGCCCCAAAACUCGUUCAGGGGCCUACACACCUGACCAAAGGGUGUCAUCUGCCCACUGGUUCUCGGUAGAGGCAAGCCAUAAAAUACUGGUCUCCUUGAGUCCCGGCUGCCUUUCCUCCGGGCUAACUAUACCAGGAUAAUUGUAUUUUGGGUGUUUCUGGUUUCAGUCUCCCUAUCCUCCGCUUGUCUUUGGGGAUGCUCUGUAGUGAACCCUUGUCUUCUCCACCUUCCUCCAAAGGAGCCACUUUCUAAUUUCAUAUGGUGGUGAUGGAGGGUGGUAUGUGGAGAAUAGAAAGCAAUCAUAUCCAUAUGCCCAAAUGGUUAAGUCUGGGCUGGCUGCAUGCUUGUAUUUCAAGAAAGCUGUGAGUAGUCAAGACAAUCUUGAGGAGGAGAGUCAGUUAAGUACCUACUUGGUUCAGAGGAAAGCAGGAAAGGAGAACCCUGAGCCCCCGUGGAGACUAGAAAUUACACCUUGGGACCAGGUUUCCAUCCUGAUAACAAAACCUACCAUCCAUGCCCACUUGAAUAUGCCAGGCACUGUGGUAUGUGCCCUGGGUGUCUUAGCCAUGUAAUCCUCCUAUGAAGCAAGAGCCAUUAUUGCCCUUAUUUUGUAGGUAGGAAACUGAGGUUCUGAGACAAGAAAAGUUUGCUCAGGUUCAAGCCAGGGCCUAUGUGACUGACUACUUGUUCACAAGGUUGCCCAGUACAGGCACUGCUGACACCCCCUUUCCCCACCACUGCAGCCCAGCUGGCUGUCCUCUCACAAGGAGUUAUUGAGUUGAACCCCCCAUCUCUCACCUGAGCUGCCUCCCACCCCAUGUCCCACCCGGAUGGACCUGCGUGGAUCCCUAGGUCAGGAAACCGUGUCCCAGGGUCUUCUAUCCACAUCCUUGCCCAGGGUUCCUGAGUCCCCAACCCCAAUGCUCAAGCAAAGGGAGAUGAAACGAAAAUCCUGUUUAAGCCUCAAUGUCUUCAUCUGUAAAAUAGGAUGAUGAUACCUAUUACACUACAUUUGUCCCUGGGUGGUGCAAAAGGUUAACACGCUUGGCUGCUUACCAAAAGGUUGAUGGUUUGAGUCCAUCCAGAGGCACCUUGGAAGAAAGCCCUGGCAAAAAAACUUCCCAAAAAAUCGGUCAUUGAAACCUAUGGAGCACAGUUCUAUUCUGACCAUGUGGG